AUGGCAGGUCACGAAAUUACUGUAAAUAGAUUUUAUUCAUUAUGUACCAAAGAAAAUUUUAAUCAAGAAUUUAAAACUUGGUCUAGUGGGAAUGCUAACACCGAUAAGAUUAUCCAAGAAUCUCAAAUUAAUUACGAAUAUCUGUAUGAAAAGUUACAAUGGAUGCCUUAUGAUAAUUUUCAAAAUAUCGAACACAUAGCAGAUGGGGGCCAUGGAUCUGUGUAUUCUGCCAAAUUAGAAAAUGGAAUAAAAUGGGGAUGGAAUUUUAUCAAACAGGAAACAAAGGUGGCUGUCAAAAAUAUGCAUAUUAGCAUCAAUAUGGAUAAUGCUGUCAUGCGACAACUUAAAAUUGCUGAUGAAAAUCAAAAAAAUACAUCAAAAUCUCAAAAGCAAGAAUUAUUUAAAUUAUUUUCAUAUUCAAGAUCUCAAAUCUGGAAAUCUGCAGAUCCUAAUUUAUUAUUAAAGUCCAAUGAACCAACUGCUUUAGAUGUCAAUAAUACUUAUGAUAUAACAUAUUAA